AUGCCCCCGAGGAGACGAAGUGCCGCAGCAUCUGCUGCAAGUUCCAAAACCUCUACUCGUGCCCCUUCUCGCAGCACUCGUUCGUCAUCGAGCAAAUCUACGCCCGCAACCAGCAUAGCGCCGAGCUCCGAGGACGAAGCCACCAAAAAGCCCACCAACACAAGGAAGCGCCGCCGCCAGGAUGACAUGGACAGUGAUGCCAUAGAUGAGUCCGACAAGGAAAACGAGCCCGAAAACAAGUCCCGGGGUCGGAAAAAGCGUACAAUUUCUAAGGUUAUUAUCGAGAUUCCGGCCCCCCAAGAAACCGUCAAGGCCCCGAAAAAAGCUGCUCCCAAGAUUCCUGGGCCAUCCCGCAACGCUCGUGCUCCGGCCAAAUCACGACGAUCAAGCGUCUUGGUUUCAGCCAGCAAAAACAGGCCCUCGCCUCCCGAAAAAUCCGGAUCCGAAUCCGAACACGAAUCUGAGGAAGACUCGGACGAUGACAGUGGCUCAGAGUUUGAUGGCUCCGACAUUGAAUUGGAAGACGCCCCCGAAGAGGAGUUGGCUCAUAUCAAGACCAAGUCUCAAUCAUCCAGGAGGAGGGCCAAGUCUAUGGACAGCGACGCACUUGACGAUGGUUCGGAUGAGAACGCUAGCGAGGACGAAGCGCUUAUGUUGGAGGCUGCGAUCCAUGCUUCGUUGGCCCCUGAUGUCGACGAGAACGGAGCUGGUCCUUCGAAAUCUCGUCCGUCUGCUGCUACAGCACGCAACAAGGCUGCAGCUUUACGAGCGGCGGCGGCCGAACGUCGUCUUGGCGUCAAGAAAGCCGACUCUGGCUCGGAUGAAUUUGAACUCGACGAUGGUGACGACGACGAAGAAAGUGCGGUGCUUACUGAUGAUUCGGAUGAACCAUUGAACAAGCCCGGGAAGUCUGCCAAGCAAACGAAGAAAACAGGCACCAUGACGAUUGCCCAAAUGAGAGCCGAACGUCGCGCAGCGAAGGCCGCCUCCAGGUCCGAAAUGGCGCCUAUUGCCUCUGCGCUUAGGAAGAAACGGAAGGAACUCGGACGUAAAUUGACUUGGGCUGAGAGAACGUCGGUUAUGUUGACGCUCCACCAUCCUGAACUCGAGGACGUUUGGGGCGAUCUCGAAAGGACAAUCAAACCUGUCGCCCCUCAGAAAGCCGACCAACCCGAAGGACUCAAGGUUACUUUGCUCCCGUUUCAACGGGAGAGUCUCUACUGGAUGAGGAAGCAAGAAACUGGGCCUUGGGCCGGUGGAAUGUUGGCGGACGAAAUGGGUAUGGGUAAAACGAUUCAAACCCUAGCGCUGCUUGUUAGCGAUCGGCAGAAGCCCAAUCUCGUAGUUGCGCCCACUGUUGCUAUCAUGCAAUGGAAAAACGAGAUUGAAGCACACACUGAGGGUUUCAAGGUCUACAUGUUCCAUGGAGGAUCUCGCGAGAAGAACAUUAAAGAAUUAGCGAAGUAUGACAUUGUCCUUACCAGUUACUCCGUUCUCGAAUCGUCAUUCCGUAAACAAAUUUCGGGUUUCAAGCGCAAGGGCGAAAUCGUCAAAGAGAAGAGCCCGUUGCAUGCUCUCAAUUGGCGCCGUAUUAUUCUUGACGAGGCGCACAAUAUUAAGGAGCGGUCGACGAACACUGCCAAAGGGGCAUUUGAACUGAAGGGGGAUUACAGGUGGUGCUUAUCUGGUACACCCCUUCAAAAUCGUGUCGGAGAACUGUAUAGUCUUGUUCGAUUUAUCGGAGGAGACCCGUUCUCUUAUUACUUUUGUAAACGCUGCCCUUGCAAAUCAUUGCAUUGGCGUUUCUCUGACAAGAAAGGGUGCGAUGACUGCGGACACUCUCCUAUGAAUCACACUUGCUUCUGGAACAAUGAAAUUUUGACUCCUAUUCAGAAGAAUGGCAUGAUCGGGCCAGGAGCUAUUGCUUUCAAGAAGCUCAAGAUUCUGCUGGACAGAAUGAUGCUUCGCCGUACCAAAGUCGAACGGGCUGAUGACCUUGGGCUUCCUCCCCGCACCGUUGUCGUUCGCCGCGAUUACUUUAGCCCUGAAGAGAAAGAAUUAUACUUGUCGUUGUUCAGUGACGCUAAGCGCCAGUUUUCUACUUAUGUUGAUGCAGGAACUGUCUUGAACAACUAUAGUAACAUCUUCUCUUUGCUAACCCGCAUGCGACAAAUGGCUUGCCAUCCUGACCUCGUGCUAAAGAGCAAGCGUAAUGCGGACCUAUCCGGUCACAUAACCGAAGCUAUGGUGUGCCGCUUGUGCAAUGACCUUGCAGAAGAUGCGAUCCAGUCACGAUGCAAGCACACAUUCGAUCGCGAAUGUAUCAAGCAAUACUUGAAUACGGCCAUUGAACAACAGCCUGCUUGCCCGGUUUGCCAUGUGCCUAUUUCGAUUGACCUGGAAGGACCGGCUCUUGAACAAGACGAAGAAGCGACAGCCAAGGCUCGCCAGGGUAUUCUAGGGCGUCUCGAUGUCGAUACUUGGCGUUCCUCUUCCAAAAUUGAAGCCCUUAUUGAGGAACUUGACACUCUUCGGCGCCAAGACGCUACAAUCAAGUCGAUUGUCUUUUCCCAGUUUGUCAAUUUCUUAGAUUUGAUUGCAUUCAGGCUGCAACGAGCCGGUUUCUCGAUCUGUCGACUCGAGGGAAGCAUGAGUCCCGAAGCCCGCAACAAUACUAUUCAACACUUUAUGAACAAUGUCGAAGUUACUGUGUUCCUGGUGUCACUAAAGGCUGGUGGUGUGGCUCUGAACUUGACAGAGGCCUCCCGCGUGUAUCUGAUGGACAGUUGGUGGAAUCCCGCUGUUGAAUAUCAGGCAAUGGACCGCAUACAUCGGCUCGGACAAAAGCGACCGGUCCAGGCUAUCAAAUUGGUUGUCGAAGACAGUAUAGAGAGUCGUAUUGUCCAGCUUCAAGAGAAGAAGUCUGCGAUGGUUGACGCUACUUUGUCUGCUGAUGACAAUGCCAUUGGAAGACUGACGCCCGAAGACUUAAGUUUCUUGUUUAGGCUAUAA